AUGGACGGAUACGGCAACUACGAUCCGAAUUACUACCCCAACGAUGGCGAAGAUCCAUUGCCAGCCGACGCCCCGACAGGAGGAGGAGGCAACGAUCCCAACGAUGACUUUGAUCCUUUCGAAUUGCUUCAGUCCCCCUUAUUCGAUAACAACAAAGGGGGUCACAGUCGCGCGGCCAGUACCGUUGAUGUAGAAGACGAUGGUGGUGAAGGGAAUGACUAUGGUUACUCGUCACAGCAAAAACAACAACAGCAGCAGCAACAAGGCAUGCCUCCCGCCGCGGCGGUAACACCCGGAUCGUCUGCGUCGUCUGCUUCCUCCCCCCCUUUUUCGGGGGUUCCCCAAAAUAACUAUGGCGCGCAGGCGUCGUCGCUAGGAAGUGGAAUGAACCCAGGUUACCAAUUUGGGGGUGGCGGCGGCGGUAUGGGACAAGGACAGCAGCAGCAGGCGCCCAUGGGCAACUUGUCGAAUCAGGGAGGAAUGGAUGGCAGUGGUCGUCGUUCGGCGGGAGGAGGAGGAGGAGGCAUGUCGCCAAACAUGUCCGCCAUGAACGGUGGAAUGGCGGCGAUGAACAUGAAUGGAAUGAACCCAAUGGGAGCAGGAGGCAACGCCAAUUUUGCAGGUAUGCAAGGAAACAACAUGCCGCAGCAGAUGCAAGGAAUGAACAACAUGAAUGCAGCAGCUCUACGGCAAAUGUCGCAGAUGCAAGGAAUGAACAUGCAACAAGCCAUGCAGCAGCAAAAUAUGAUGCAAGGAAACCCCAUGCAACAGCAAGCAGCAGCCAAUGGAAUGAUGGGAAACCCAAUGCAAGCAGCUGCCAUGAUGAAUGCCAUGCAGCCAAGAAUGGGAGGAGCUGGUCAGUUCAACAAUCCCAACAUGCAAGGGCAAAUGGCCAUGCAAAACAUGGGCAUGAACGGAAUGCAAGUUGGGCGCAAUGGAUCUCUCAAUACGGCUCUUCAAAGUAUGAAUCCCGGUCAGCAAGGCGGCGGUGGUCCUGCUGCCUUUCAUCAGUCCAUGUCGGCGAUUCAAGGACCCUCUUUCCAGGGUGGUGGUGGUGGCGUAGGAGUCAACAUGGACCGAGCGGGAUCCCUGCCGACAUCACCCAAUCCCACGCCCUCGGUGGCACAGCUGAGUGCAUCGGUCCAAAUGCGAAACUCAUCGUCGCGGUCGGGCGGAAGAGUCAGAGGACCCACGCCCAAAGUCGACGCCAAUGGCAAAAUCAUUGCCAACACACCCUCGGAUCCAGGAAUCAACGAAGCCAUGGAGAAACUAUGCGAAAGCAUGAGACGAUCCGCCAUGAGUCGGAACCUCGUCAAACAGCUAUCGGGACGAUCCGUACAACGGCAAGGCUCUUCGCGAACACUGUCGAGAUCCAAUUCAUCGGGUACGGGCAUGCGAAAACAUCUGGCGAGCCACGGACGAUCCAUGUCAGGGAACCUUGGAGGAAUGGGGGGUGAUGGAAGUGGCCGUGAUACACCGACUCGGACCGUUCCUAUUCGACGACUGUCCGGGGCCAAACAUCGACUCAUAGGACGAGCGGCGCCCGGAAACAGAGGCGCAUUUCGUCAAAAUUCCAUGGGUUCUCAAGGAAGUGUGGGCGGCAAUGGAGCCAGGACGUUCCUGCAGCUAGAUGAUCAAUCGCUGGGUGCUCUGUAA